GAUCACUAUGGGACUUCCAAUUUCAGUAUUUUUCUUUUAAUUCUAACCUGCCUCACAGGAAGGGCCAACCCUGAAAUUCAUCCUUAUCCAUGCAGGGGAUUUCUCACUGACUCCAUAUUGACAUUCUCCCCUUCCUCCCAGUAACUCCAGUAUAAACCUGACCAGUCAGCCGGGAUACUUGAGGCAAGACUGUCGGGGCAGCGUCCGCAGCCGCAGCUGGAUGAGGCAACCAUGCCGCGGGGCCUGGGAGGAAAAGGGUGAUUUUUCGUGACGGUGGUGCAAAGUCAAGGUUGGAAGGUACUUCUUGGAGAGCUUUUGGCUGGGGGGACAAAAGAGAGAAGAGCAGGUUGGGAUCAGGAAUGUGGGGUUGCCAGCUAAAAUCGAGGUCUUUCUAGGGGUGAGGGCUCCUUCUGUAAAGCCUGUAGAGAAACUGCUGCAGCUGAGAUUUUCAUGCAGGAGAUGGGCACAGCUGUUCCUCACUUGUCCCAGCGCGGAUGCUCUCAUUAGGGCAGGAAUCCUGAAGGCCUGUUUGUAUUUUGUUUAACGUUAAUGAAAAUUUACCCGUAGGCAGUUUUAAAAGCAGUGGGGUUUAAAGCCUUAAUGCGAAAUGCACUUUAAAAUGUUACAUCGCUGCUAAGGUGAGGCAGAGAAAUACAUCUCAUUUCAUGAUAAAAAUAGCUCCAGCGGUGAGACGCGCGCAGGAAUGUGACCGGAUGAAUUGGUUGCCACAGGAUUAGCGGGAGCGUGAACUUGCAGCUCACCAAUUUAUUGGGGUAAUUGCUCAUAUGCACAGCUUCUACCUUACAGUAAACAUGAAAUAAUUACAUUUCAACAAAAGUAUUCUGCCUUGCAUUUACCAUUAGGUAACUUUGUAGAGCUCAUCCCACUGUUUUCUUGAUGUAGCUUGUUCACCUGCCAUCCUCCCCGUCAUUUAAUGGCCCGAUCCAGAAUCCUCACACUUGCGGUAUUCUAAUGCCAGCGUUUUCUUUCAGUCUGUUUUAGCCGAUUUUCCAUUCACUUAGUAACCAGACCUCAUUGUUCUUUGCUGGUUUGUAGGUUAUUUGUAUGGGCUAUUCACACUCUUGAUCGCCCCAUAAUGCCUUUCUCCUAACUUUCAUUUGUUGCCUUAAUUACUCCGGUCAUCGAAUCUUGCCCGUGGAGCUACUAGCAAAGCACAUUUUAAGCAGCACGUUGGGGCACUCGGAAGUACAUCGCCUUGGUCAGACCUAAGUAGAAUGGCCAAGGGAGUCCAUAGAAAACGGAGCAUAAUCUUAGCUGUGCACAAAAGGGGCCCUGUGUGAAAUGGUGGUUGGUGUCGGAAGAUCCCAUCCAAGGUAAUUAAAAGGUGGUUCGCUGUUUGGUACGCUGCCAAACUUGAUGUUGGUGCAUCAUUUCAGUUUGACCAAGGGUUUAUUUUCUCUCGUCAGAGGAAGGAGCUCUUCCAGAUUCGGGGAUACAGAUGUGUUGUUACCGGUAGCCGCAGCCUGGUCAAACGUUGCUGUUUUAGCUGCUUUCGAAAAACUUCAUCGCAGUUCCCAUAUAACAGAAAAAUAGGUGGUCGGGGGACACUACACAGAAAAUGAGAUCUGCACAGUAUCCUACCCCAGCAGAAUUGGAUGCUUAUGCUAAGAAGGUCGCCAACAAUCCACUGACUAUAAAAAUUUUUCCAAACAGUGUCAAGGUUCCCCAGAGGAAACACAUACGCCGUACUGUGAACGGACUUGAUACUUCGGGCCAGAGGUACAGUCCCUACCCGUCUCAGGCCACCACGAAAACAGGCCUCCUGGCGAUAGUGAAAUCUCCAGCGAAAGGAAUUAUCAAAGACUUUGACGGGACACGCACACGUCUGCUGCCGGAAGCGAUGAUGAAUCCCCCUUCCACACCAUACGUUGCACCUAGCACUUUAACCCACCCCCAGGCGCUUGCUCGCCAGCAGGCUCUCCAGCAUGCACAGACUUUGCCGCACCCCCAGAGUAUACCGCAGCCACAGACUUUGCAGCACCCUCAGGGUAUACCACAGCCACAAAGCUUACCGCACCCUCAGGGGAUACCGCAGCCGCAGACGCUGCCGCACCCUCAGAAUAUGCAGCAGCCGCAGGGCUUGCAGCAUCCUCAGACCAUGGCACACCAGACUCUGCAGCACCCCCCGAAUCCUUUGCUGCAGCCAGGUUUACAUGGAAGCAGAAAGAUGCCGGAUGCAGAUGCGCCGCCGAAUGUGACCGUGUCUACCUCAACCAUUCCCCUCUCUAUGGCUGCCACCCUGCAGCAGAACCAGCCACCGGACCUGAGCAGCAUUGUGCACCAGAUUAACCAGUUCUGCCAGGCCAGAGCUGGCAUUAGCACUACCUCAGUAUGUGAGGGACAGAUCGCAAACCCCAGCCCUAUAAGUCGCAACCUGCUUAUCAAUGCAAGUACCAGGGUAUCUACUCACAAUGUCCCUACACCCAUGCCUUCCUGUGUAGUGAACCCUGUAGAUCAUGCUGCUGCUGCUAUUCCUCCUGCCUCUGUUAAUGUGCCCAUGGUGAAUAUUAACAGGGUGCCGCCCGCGUACCAGAACGAAAUCAAAUCGGUUGCGUGGAACCAGCACCAGCUUGCACAUCUGCAGCAAAUGUGUGGGGAUGCUGCUGGACCUGCUGGACUCGCAGGGAAGCACCCUCAGAGAGAGAUCGCAGGGCAGAGUUUUCCUGGCAAAACUUCAAACUACCCUCAAGAACUGUGCAUGGGCCAGUCGUUCAGCUUGAAGCCCCCCAUCGAGAAGCCUACGCCUUCUCCGCCUGUGAACGGGUUGCAGGGACCCUUGCCAUACACCAAUGGGCACUAUUUCCAGCCCAUCUGGAAUAACAUUCUGCCCACGCCCAACAGUGACAGCUCUGGGUCCCAGGACCUCGCCAUGCCUUUCCACGGGGGACAGCCAGCAGGAGCGCCGCUCGAUUGCGCGGGAGGAACUCAUUACAGAGCUGGAGCUGGCCCAUCCAGCCAGAAUAAUGUGAUGCAGACCAUGGAUUACCUAAGCGGGGACUUCCAGCAGUCCUGCUUCAGAGAUCAGAGCAUGGCCGUGCUGGGAAAAGUCCAUCGGCCUCCCAUGAACCGAGCACCUGAACCAACCGAUAGUCGAAAUCUUCAUAUUCAACACCCAGGGUAUAGAUAGGCUGCAGUCACUUUCACAGACAAAAAUUAGAGGUUUAGUCUUAAUUUUAAUUAAUAAGCAAGGCAUUUUUAACUUGCAAACUUGUGUGAUCAUUAUAGUAACCAUUGGAAGAAGACAUACUGUAUAUUUAAAAGCUUUGCUUACAUGUU